UUUUUUUUAUUUUAUUUUUUCCCGCCAAUGCUCAAGACCCUUAUGUUCCCGAAUAACCAAUUCUUCAAUGCAUCGCAUACUCAGCUGAAUGAGAACGUUUUGGACUUUAUUCAACAACAGCAAGAACAACAACAACAGCAACAACAACCUUCUGGCCAAGGAUUCCUUCUGGGCCCAUCUCCGACUUCCUCAGCCUCCAUUUCCUCUUCAUACAUAAAUUCAUCGCAUCCUCCCAACCAUUCUCAACAUCCUUCUCUCUCUCAAUCCUCAACAUCACCACAACAACCUCAAAAUCUUCAAGUCCAUCAAUCCCAUCCACACUCACCAUCCCAACCACAUCCUCAAUCCCAGCAACCCUUUCAUCCCCCAUCACAUCAAUUCCGUCGCCAACGCUCCUUUCCAGACAACGAAGCCCAGAUUCAGAUCCAAAUCCAAACUCAAGAACUGACACGACACCAUCCACAGUCCAAUCCUCAGACUCAACAUCCUUCUCAAGUAGCACCUUCACCACAGCAACAGCAUAGUAUGCAUUUUUCAAUGGUCUCACCAAUGAUGAUCGGCACCCUUAGCGAACCAUCCUCUCCAUCGUUCUCAGUUAUCAAGACAGAGAACAGCCUUCAAUCUCAAAAUCUAGAGUAUAUGAUGUAUCCUACCUUCGAUAUGCAUUCAUCACCCAUGUCUCAACCACAACAACAUCACAUCCUUCCUUCACAACGGUCUCCACAUGGUUUGUCACCUCAACAACACCAACGCAUGAUGCAACAAUCCUAUAACGAUGUCUCUUUGUUUCACCAACGCCACCAGAACCAACAACAUACUAUGCGCCUUCAGCAACAACAACAACAACAGCGAGCUAUGGAACAGCACUCCUAUUCUCUUCAUCAUUCAUCACAGCAACUCAUGUACGAAUCAGCAGCUUCGUCGACCGCAGGCCGUUCAGCGAUUUCUUCUGCUAUGCCCAUGUCCAUGCCUCUGUCUGUGUCGAUCCCAGUGACAAGCUCAUCGGCCUUGAUGGGUAACUCCCCUACCUCAUCUGCCAGCUCUGCUCAUCUGUUCACACCAACGAGUGUUCCGACCUCGCUCCCUUUCUUGGGUACCUCGGCUACUUCCUCAGCCAGUUCUUUAUCAAAGGAAGCAUUGAUGAGUUCUCUUCAAUACCAGCAGCAGCAGCAGCAGCAGCAACAUUCUCCUCUUCCAAAGCGUCCUCAUUCUUCGCAGGGGAUCUAUUCGUCCCUUACCACAGGCUCGAUGUUGACAACGGACAACAACAAUGGUUCCUCUGUCCAUCCUGCCUCACCAAGGAGAAAGCGACAAGGAUCAAGCCAUUACCACCAACCACAGUUUGCGCUGGCGCAACUGUCUCCAAACUCUAUUGGUUCUGCUGCUGCUCCUCUCCCAGAUUUCUCGUGCUCACUUGGUACUACCGCAACUCCACAGAACACGCUCGCUGCUGCGACUGCUGCAGGGAUGAUGAGCAAUUCUAUGACUCCAUCUACGUCUCUAAUGGCAGCAACCACAGGUGGUUCCGCCAAGAGGCCCAGAAGUAUCUCUGCUGCCGCUGCUCCAACAGGCAGAGGAUCGCUCCUUGGUUCUCAUGUGGAUGAUGAGAGCAACCCUCGAGGAACCAAGUUUGCCAGGACAUCUUCAUCUAGCACGGGCCCUGGCAACAUCAAGUCGACGACAACACGCACUUUGAGACGCAUGACUGAGACCUAUCCUUCCAACUAUACCCAAGUGCCAGCUUCAAUUGCUGCUGCCGCAGCAGUAGCAGCUACCACUGCCACUGCCACUGCCACUUCUACCUCUACUUCUACUUCUACUUCCGCUUCCACUACCGCGACAAGCACAAGCACAAGCACAAGCACAGCCAUAGCUACAGCCUCCUCAGCUGGGCCAGUUCGUACCAAUGUAACCCAUCCCCGCCGAGCAGCUCAGAACCGAGCAGCUCAAAGGACGUUCCGGAACCGUCGUAAGGCCUAUAUCAAGGAUAUGGAGCAAAAAGUCUUGGAGCUCCAUCAGAUCCGUUCACAGUUUGAGCUGCUCCAGCAAGAGAACCGCGAGAUCUGGAGACGGUUCAGGACAGUGGAGAGCAUUUUGGUGACACAGAACAACCAUAAUGCAGAAUGUGGUCACACGAUCACGCCCUUGCCACAAUUCCCACCAAUGACGCCGUUUUUUGAAACGGAGGAAGGAAUGGCUGCGGCUGAAGCAGCGGCUACAAGGGCAGCAGCCGCUGCUGAGGCAGCAAAUGCUAAUGCUACAGGCGGUAAUGUCUCGACUAUGAAUCGCUCACUCAGUCGUGAGAGCCAUCAGAGUCAUCAGAGUCACAACAGUUCUGAUGAGGUGGAUGGUGAAGGCGAAGACGAGACUGUGUAUCCUUUUAUUAAACAUGAAGGAGUUGAUGAGCGUAUUCAGGACAUUUACAUUCAUGGCCAAGACAAUAAUAGAGAUGGCGAGUAUAGUCUACAACAACAAUAUCCCCCCUCAAGACCUUCCUCAAGGAUGGAUGCUUGA